UCUCUGCUUGGAUCUGCAGAAGUUGAAGAAGAAGAGAAGAAGAAGAUGCAGUGGUACUUCGUCGCUUCGCUCCUCACCGUCCUCACCAGUUCUCAGGGAAUACUAACAACCCUCUCGCAAAGUAACGGAGAGUACAAGUAUGAUUACGCCACGGUCCCAUUUCUCGCCGAGGUUUUCAAGCUUGCGGUGUCAAGUUUGUUACUGUGGAGGGAAUGCAAAAAGUCACCUUUGCCAAAGAUGACAACGGAGUGGAAAACGGUGUCUCUGUUCCCCAUUCCCUCAGUUAUAUAUCUGAUCCACAACAAUGUUCAGUUUGCUACACUCACUUAUGUGGACACAUCCACUUAUCAGAUAAUGGGCAAUUUGAAGAUUGUCACCACUGGAAUUCUAUUUAGGUUGUUCUUAGGGAGGAGGCUUUCUAACUUGCAGUGGAUGGCUAUUGUGCUGUUGGCUGUUGGGACAACCACAAGUCAGGUUAGGGGAUGUGGAGAGGCUUCUUGUGACUCCCUUUUCUCAGCUCCAAUUCAGGGCUACAUGUUAGGAGUUCUAUCUGCUUGUCUCUCAGCUUUAGCUGGAAUUUAUACUGAGUUCUUGAUGAAGAAAAACAAUGACAGCUUAUACUGGCAGAAUAUACAGUUGUACACGUUUGGUACACUUUUCAAUAUGGCACGACUACUUGCAGAUGAUUUUAGAGGUGGAUUUGAAAAUGGACCCUGGUGGCAACGUAUUUUCAAUGGAUACACUAUCACUACCUGGAUGGUGGUAUUGAAUCUAGGGUCUACUGGUCUUUUGGUUUCAUGGUUAAUGAAACAUGCUGAUAAUAUUGUAAAGGUCUAUUCCACAUCAAUGGCGAUGCUGCUGACGAUGAUACUUUCACUAUUUCUCUUCAACUUCAAACCUACACUGCAGCUUUUCUUGGGCAUUAUUAUUUGUAUGAUGUCUCUACACAUGUAUUUUGCCCCACCAAAUAUGCUCUUAGAUAUGCCAUUAACAGUUAAGCCAGAUGAAGAGAAGCUCAUUGAAGUUUCUGUUGAUCGAAGAACACUUUCAUGAUGUUGUAUUGACAUCUGAAUACAAUGCUUGGGUAGCAGAAAUGCUGAAUAUUAUUCCAUGCUGCUGCAUUGAUUCAGUGACUUUGUAGGCAUCGUUAGGGGGAUGACUUCAACUCUAUAUAGCUAAUUUGAACAUCCCAUGUGUUGCCUGCGUUUAAAUAUAUGGAAAGGGUAUACUGUGGGAAAAGUCUGUUGAAUGAAAGUGAGCAGAAUGUGGUUUAGAAGGAAAUAGAAUUUUCAAUUUUGCCAUUGGUUUUUGGUAAGUCUUCAUAGGGGUGUUACCCAUUGACACACAAGGCACUUUAUGUCUCCCUCGAAUGUGAUCUUUCUACCUGGUUGCUGUACAAACUAAACAAUUCUUCACCAUUAAUUAUUUUAAAGGUUAAAUUAGUUUUUUAAUUUAAUUUUUACGUUU